UACUCUCAGAAUCUCCUUUGUUUCCACAAAUUGUCUGGAACCAUCUUCACAUAAAAAGACCAAUCCCUUAAUUAUUUUCUUUUUAAAAAAAUCCUCAUUAAAACCUUACCUACCCAUGAAGUAAAGUAAACCUCCUUUCUUAUAUCCACAAAACUCAUUUUCUCAAAUAAAUUUCAUCAGUCUCUCAUUACCAAAGAAGGAAAGAUGAAGAGAGGACAUGGAGAAACGUGGGACCCAGCACCACAAUCCCAACAACCGUCUGGCUCCUGUGAAGGUUCUUCUGCAAUGGUGGAUAACAUUAAGGGCAAGAUGGCGGACGACAGCAACAUGGACGAGCUUCUUGAAGUUCUUGGCUACAAGGUUCGGUCUUCCGAAAUGGCUGAAGUAGCGCAGAAGCUCGAGCAGCUUGAGAUGGUGUUGUCUAACGAUGACGUUGGUUCCACUGUCUUAAACGACACCGUUCACUAUAACCCGUCUGAUCUCUCUAACUGGGUCGAGACCAUGCUCUCCGAGCUCAACAACCCGGAAUCCUCGGAUCUUGACCCGACCCGGAUUUGCGAGGAUAGGUCGGAGUACGGUCUGAGCGCCAUUCCUGGUCUCUCGGCGUUUCCUAAGGCGGAGGAAGGUGCUGACGAGGAAGCUAGCAGCAAAAGGAUCCGACUCGAAUCAGUCGGAUCCUGGGGAGAGUUGACUCGCCCUUUGGUUGUCGUUGACUCUCAAGAAACCGGAGUUAGACUAGUUCACGCGCUGGUGGCGUGCGCGGAAGCGAUUCAGCAACAAGAUCUUAACUUAGCGGACGCGCUCGUAAAAAGCGUGGGGACACUCGCGGCUUCUCAAGCUGGAGCCAUGGGGAAAGUCGCUACUUACUUCGCCCAAGGCUUGGCGCGUCGGAUAUACGCGGCGGACCUCUCAGGCGGUUCCUCUGUGGGCCCCUCGUUCGAAGAGGCUUUGCAGAUGCACUUCUACGAGUCUUGCCCUUACUUAAAGUUCGCUCACUUCACGGCGAACCAAGCCAUUCUAGAAGCCGUUACGACGGCGCGUAGAGUCCACGUGAUCGACCUCGGGCUCAACCAAGGGAUGCAAUGGCCGGCGUUGAUGCAGGCCUUGGCGGUUAGACCCGGCGGACCUCCGUCGUUUCGCCUCACCGGAGUCGGACCGCCGCAGACGGAGAGCUCCGACUCGCUUCAGCAGCUAGGCUGGAAGUUAGCUCAGUUCGCUCAGGCGAUAGGCGUCGAGUUCGAGUUCAAAGGCUUAGCGGCGGAGAGUUUAUCGGAUCUCGAACCGGAGAUGUUCGAGACCCGGCCCGAAUCGGAAACAUUAGUGGUUAACUCGGUUUUCGAGCUCCACAAGCUGUUAAACCGGUCCGGUUCAGUCGAGAAGCUUCUAACAACCGUAAAGACCGUGAAGCCGAGUAUUAUUACUAUGGUGGAGCAAGAAGCGAACCACAACGGCGUCGUUUUUCUCGAUAGGUUCAACGAAGCGCUUCACUACUACUCGAGCUUGUUCGACUCGCUGGAAGACAGUUACACCUUACCGAGCCAAGACCGAGUCAUGUCGGAGGUUUACUUAGGGAGACAGAUAGUUAACGUGGUGGCGGCGGAAGGAACCGAUCGGGUCGAGAGGCACGAGACGCUGGCGCAGUGGAAAGUCCGGAUGGGAUCCGUCGGGUUUGACCCGGUUCCUCUCGGAUCCAGCGCGUUUAAGCAAGCGAGCAUGCUCUUAUCGGUUUUCGCCGGGGGAGAUGGAUACAGAGUUGAGGAGAACGACGGGUGUUUGAUGCUAGGGUGGCAGACGAGGCCACUUAUUGCCACGUCGGCGUGGAAACUCGCCGGAGCGUAGAGAUGAAAGAGAAAAUAAAUGUUUAAAAGUAGGGACCGUAACUUUUAGCUAUGUUUUACUGUUUUAACCCAAUCUUUUUGUGUGUUUUAAAUGUUUUGCCUAAAUGUUUACAUCUUUAUGGUUUUGGACCUUGUGCGUAGAAACUGGAGAGAAACGAGUAAAACCUUGUAUCGUAGCUCGAGCUAGUAGUUCUUCUUUUCAAAGCUUUUCAAUAAAUGGAAGGAUAACGUUUUUUUCA